AUGAAGUCAAUUAUUCUGAUCGGCGGCAUCUGUAUCGUGGUCCUCGUCCUUUUCAACCUGGAUGCUUCGCGUGCGCAGAACACCACUAACACUACCUCCGAUUAUAGUUCUACCUUGUCUCAGUCCCCCAAAAAAGUGUACAUAACCGAUCUGAAAUACAACAUUACCAGAAGGAUUCGUGUGACCAGCCCAACAACCAGCAGCAGUUCCAAGAGCAAGAGCAAAAACAAUAGCAACCGCAAACUGAACGCCAAGAGGACCCAGGCCAAACGCAACAAGUCCAAUCGCUCCAACAAGCGGAAGUCGAACGCCCGCGUGGUCAGGGGUUAGCCAUGGUUAGCCCAUCUAUUUUAAAGACAAUGUUUUUAUUUUUUGAGCUCGUUCUAAACACAAAACACUUAAGUUUAGCGUCGCAACAACGGGCGAAUUAAAUUAGAUAAAUACGUAA